AUGCAUCGGCCGUCCAUUGCCCGUUUGGCCCAAUAUGGGGGCAUUGUGGCCGAAUUGCCACCUCCCUACCUGGCACCCUCACUCCAUUUCUCGAUGACCCGAUCCCCUCAGUCCUCGAGCUUCUCUACGACUCCCGUCGCCGCUGGCCGUGGACGCGACAUGAACAGAACCCGCGGCGUGUCGGCCAUCCACCGUACCGGUACAAGAUUCAAAUUGAGCGCAUCGAAAUACCCCCUGCCCAAGCCCGUGUCGCCCGCAGAUAUGCAGCCGCAACCGCAAACCCCCGACCACGGACUCUGGGGCUUCUUCCCUAAGUCCCGCCAGGCAAUGAGCGUCCCCGAAUUCGACAUGGACUUUGGUCGCCCAUGGGCCAUCCAAGAACUACGCGAGAAGAGCUGGGAAGACCUGCAUAAGCUGUGGUGGGUUUGUGUCAAGGAGCGCAACCGCAUUGCGACUACCAACCUGGAGAGAGAGCGCCUGAAGGCUGGUUUCGGUGCCCACGAGGCCAACGAGCGUGACCGUGUGGUCCAAAUCACUCAGAAGAGCAUCAAGCACGUUCUGCGUGAGCGCUGGUAUGCCUGGGAAGACGCUAAGCAUGAGUACUACACCAAGAACUAUCGCCCGCAGCAUGAGGAUGCGUUGGAGGAGGAGCCCGUGGAGAGCUUCCCCCGAAGCCUUAAACGAAGGCGUGGGAUUCCCCUUUCGAAUCUUGUAGCAUACUCCAGUCUUGCUCUUUUUUUCCCCAUAGUUCUGCUGCAUGUAAUUUAUCUAACGAAGGUUUGGAAUGCCUUUUUUUCCAACGGUAAUCAUUAUGAUGUAGUCCACCCGUAG